AUGGCAAACCGGUUGGAUGCAGUCAAUCCGACCAUGAACUCGACACCCUCCGUCACCCAGGCCAAAGCCGGCAACGGCGCCAUGAGGCCAGCGAACAACGGCAAUGUUAUCAAGCGCCUUCAAAGCGAACUCAUGACCCUCAUGACCUCACCGACUCCGGGCAUCUCUGCCUUCCCUACCCAAGACAUGACCAAGUGGAACGCAACCAUGUCAGGACCCAGCGGCACGCCAUACGAGAACCUCUCCCUCAAGCUCACCAUCGCCUUCCCACCUACCUACCCAAUAUCGCCUCCCGAAGUCCUCUUCAAGACCCCGAUCUACCAUCCGAACGUCGAUUUCUCCGGACGGAUAUGCUUGGAUAUCUUGAAGCCCGGCGGCGAGGGCAAGGAAGGAGCUUGGAGUGCGGCUUUGAACACCAACAGUGUGUUGCUCAGCAUCCAGAGCUUGCUCGGCGAGCCCAACAACGCAUCACCACUCAACGGCGAGGCGGCCAUGCUGUGGGAUCGGGACCAGGCCGAGUUCAAGAAGAAGGUCACCGCACGGCACCAGGACAUCGAUUUUGAUGUAUAA